AGCAAACAACAAUCCAAAAUUAUAUUUAUAAGGUUUGCUUAUGGAAAAAAAAUCAAUUCGUUUUCCUAUAAAAUCUAUAUGGCUAGCGUAUGGAAAAAAUCUAUAUGAUUUACCUAUGGCUGGCUAUCUCACUCUUUCGCGAUUGCGAAAAUUCGGAAGAACUGUCAAACUGCCAAACAACCAUCUUGUUUUUGGAAUAGUUUUUUCAAGUCGCGUGCUCUUGGCAAAUUCUUAGUUUGGUGAGCUAGGUAAUCAUUUUAUUUCUUAGUUUGUUUGUUUAAUUUAAGUUCUUCUGCUUCAAGUGACACCUGAUAAAGCAAACAAGUCCGUCCCUGCAUCGUUGACCGGAACCUGCCGGCAAGUUGUGACUCCCGGAUGGACACGAACCCAGCAAUCCCGACCCCAGAACAAAACGGGGACGACAUGAACCAGCCCUACGAGCCGCACCGGACCUGGUCGACAUGUCCACGUUAAUCAGUGACGCCAAGCUAACCACCAUAAUCCCCAUUGGACGGUUCCUGUUCCGGCAGCUGCCAUCAGUUCCAGUAAGCCAUGGGCGAAUUUUCCGGCUGCGAAAUGUUCCGGCGUGGCCAACCUGCAGAGAACGGUGCUAAUUCGUUUGGGUCGUGAGUCCAAGAGCGAUAACGGGACCACCACCAAAACUUCGGAAGUUCGCAGCGGAAUCGGUGACGUUAAAGAAAAUCAACAGCGGCCUUGACACCAAUCGGAUGUUCACCGAUGACACCGAUGGCACUUCGGUGCAACGAGCUCAAUGAUCUUGAAUCCGUCCACGAAGAUGAAUCUACUGCAGGAGCUCCAACACCUAACGCUGUCCAAAUUUCUGGUGGGCAAUCGGAACGCGGAACAGUUUAGUGUACCCAAUCGUGUCCACGAACAACAUUUUCAACAGGCUGAUGCCGUCAGGAACCGGCACGAGGCAGGAUCUUAACUCUACAAGUUUCCUCAUAAAGUCGCUGCACGCACCAGACCCGACAGACGGUUGGCACCCUCAUCUAGAGCAACAGGGGCCGUUCCACGUUCCUGGAAAUUCACUUCCAGCCGCAAUCCGGCGACACUAAGCGAAGCGGCGGUGGCCAACAUCAGCCACUGAACUUGGUGCCCGGAAGCGCGCAAAAGUUGCGGAAAAGCGUUAGCCAUCGAAAAACUGACCACGGACCACGGAAGGUCGUCAAAUCUCGCUGGCCAAAAAUCUGCGAGACGUGUGCGACAAAAUGGUCUUAGUCGGUGACUUGAGCUGGUCAAAUCGAGACAUCGAGACAAAUUCAAUAACCGGAACAUGACAAUACAGAUUCUUAGAACAUCACGACUCCAAGCUUAAUUGCUUGUUCGAUCUUACUCGGACCAGAAUCAGCUGCAUCGACACCAAGGUGUGUACCGAUUUGAUUACCCCGCAACCUUGUCGGUUAGGAAAGAUUCGUUUCGACUGCAACGAUGUCGUGCGCUUGAAACCACGCUUCCGGAGGUAGACGUGGCCUAAUCAGCGUGGUACUUCCGAAGAAGCAAAUGCCAGCAAGAACAGUGCAAGUGCAGCUGCUGGCUGAACCGGUGCCGUCCAUGCCGUCGCAAUUUCCAGCUUAACGGUCUUCAGCUCGCCCACAGUGGCCGGUUUAAACGAAAGAUUCUGGUUCAUUUCCGUUGUGGAUGCUUGGCGCAAUCCGGAAUUCACACCUAGAACGGCCAUGGCUCUACAAAUGUCCUCGGAACAGGCUUUAAUGACGGUCACGGCUCUGUAGUCGCCGACGGGAACGAAGAAGAUGAAAACUCCAGUAACUCAAUUGUUACGUAGAGGAUGGUACUCACCCGCGUGUAACACCCCAAAUAAGUCCUGCACCAGCUGAAGAAAGUCAUCAAACCGUCGCUCGCCGACCAACAUUGUAGAGAACGUGCGCGGGAACAUGGCCACGGCCGGGGUCGGGAAGCCUAAACGCAUCUUCACCGGCAGUUCUUUGUAGUUCCCGCAUCAGAGGCAGCAAACGACGACUUGAACGAAAAACAACCGGUUGAUACGACCAAAAUUCCGCUCAUGCACGAGUGGCAUGUUAUGCUGCGAAUGUCACCGGAGGAACGGGAACGAAUUUCAAAGAAGACCCGGAACCUAUUACAGAUCAACCGGUGGGCUGCCAACUCGUCAACCUUGGCCAGUGGUAACGACUUCCCUGCCUUACUUCCGUAGAAUGUCGUAGGAUGACAAUCUCGAGAUCAAAAUUUAUGGUUCUGACAGAUUCUUCUCUUUGGCCCUCAUGACCCUUUAAGUGACAAAAUAGAGCGUACCGGCACAAGUUCACUGCCAAUUUCACAAGCACCAGAACCAUUAUCUACCACAGUUGUACCCCCGCGCAUCGUCGGUGGCCGGAGAAAGUAAAAGAUUUCAAACCGGCGGGGAGGGACAGAGAAACCCGGUCAAAAUGUCCACGUUCAUCAGUGUUGACAAGUUCAUCGCCGAAACAUACCCAUGGGACCAUCUCCGGCAGCUGCCAUUAGUAGAAACGACACGAUCCUGGAGCGCUUGGCCAGUGGCCGCUGGAGACCAUUUUCUGGACACCACCGUCUAGUGACCGGACCGGACCACGCAACGUAAUCCCGCUUGGAAGGCUCAUGAACUUUUCAAACAAAGCCUGGUCCAAGGUCAUCAAGUCCCAAUAAAGAUCACCGGUUUCGAUAGAUUCGCCGAAAGAACACUUCCGUUGAGUCCAAAACAACGGAACUGGUGUAGUCGAAAUCGAACAGCUGGUGGUGACCGGGAGCACCACAAAACUAAAUGCGUCGAGAUUCGCAAGUUGGUGUCCGGAAACGCCCAGAAUCUGUAAAACUGGUCACAUCCGCGCACCAGAACCACAAAGUAUACUUGCGAACGCCUGUAAACGCAGGAACAAAAGACGUGCUUCAAGUUUGGCAAGGAGUAGCACCGCCAGGCUAGCCAACAAUGUGAAGGAAGUGCGCGAGAAUAUGGCCAAGGCCUGGGUCGGUGAACCGCCGGAAGGCGGCUUGCUACCACAUUUGCACUGUAUUCCAAGUUUGGUCGUCAACAAGUUUUCAACACUACUCCUUCCGGUGUUGAAGCAUUCCAGAAAGUUCAACCUCCCCAUCGUCUAGUUCCUGUCCGUACGAUGGUCAAUAUGGUGGACAUCCUGCUGCUGACCGGUUGCCCCGAUACCGGCGAAACGAACCCACUCCAAUCCGGCGAACUUAACAAGUCGCUUCCAUUUUUGGUUCCAACACCAGAGGCAGCAAAAUUAAAACUAAAUUCCUUCAAAAAUUUAAAAAUCACUUUGCUUUCGCCAUACACAAAUUUUGUUGAAAGAUACAAACUUUUCAACAUUGGAACCACCCCAGCUUGUAAUAGAAUUCCAAGAACCACUCUAGGUUACUCACGAGCUUAGUAGUCACAGUAUACUGAAUUUAUAGUAAGCUAAUAGAGCUUUAUAGUAAACUACAAUUAAGUAGUAUUUGAAGAAGUGGUGUAAGUGACACAUACAUGUAAAUAGUAAUAUUAAGUAAAAUGUGAAUUAUGGUAUGUAACGAUAACGGAACAUGUAGAAGAAUGUUGAUAGGAUUAGGACUAAUUUAAUAAAAUUAUCUUCUGAAUGCACUUGAAGCAAGACUUGAUUUCUUAUUCUACGCAUAAGAUCACAACCUGGUUUUCCGGUAGCACGUAACCUUCAACAGGUUAUGGGCCCAGUACACCUACUGGAAAUAGCAGGCAGGUGAAAGAACCGUUUGUUUUGAUUUAAAUAUCAAACAAUUUUAAGACCGAUACGAUGGCAGAUGAGAAGCAGAAAAUUCUGCUUAUUCCGACCUUUCAUGGAGCAGUCAAGUCAGACUAUCCGUGUUGGAAGGUGAGGGUUCUACACUAUCUCAAGCGAGAAGGGUUGUCCCAUUGCUUAGAGAAAAUACCAGCGAAGGAAAGCUAUGCGGAAGUUGCGCAAUACGAGAUGCGGCUUAAAGAUGACGAUGAGGUUGUCACCAUCAUUUGGCACUCGAUUGACAACGACGCUAUGAAACAUGUGCUUGGAUUAGCAUUUGCCAAGCAGAUCAUGGACAAGCUUGAUCACGUAUACGAACGUCAGGGGCAGCUGACACUGUUCGCUUACCGUCGGCAGCUGUACCGUCUUAACCUGAUGAGCUUCGGCAGCCUGACCGAACUCUUUACGGCCCACGAGACGCUGAUACGGGAGAUGGAGCGUGCUGGAGAGCAGGUUACGGACGACGAGAAGCGGAGUACCCUGAUGGCGGCGAUCCCAGAUCAGUUCGAGUAUACGAUGGACGCUCUAGCCGUGAUGAGGAAGGACGACAUCCGGAAGAUGACCCUGGACGAGUUCAAGGGUAUAUUCUUGGACGCCGAGAUGAAGAGGAAACUGACGGAUGACGAAGUUGGACCAAGCCAAGCGUUGGCAGCAGGAAGGAGAAGGAGGAGCGGACAUGUUACCGCUGUGGCAUGGUUGGCCACACGGCCUGGAAUUGUUGGCAGGAGCCAGAGUGGGAGGAAUUACCAGCUGGUCAGUGGCAUCACAACCCCCAGAGGUAUGGGAGAGUAAGCCCGCAGAGAUCCGGGAGAGCUACUGCCACCGGAGAGUGGAGAGGUCGAUUGGUGGAUGCGUCACCAGAGCGCGCACGUGGACGUGAGAAGAUCCAUCAGGAACGUGCAAACGUUGCACUUAUCGUGCAGACUGAUCCAGCGAAGCAGAUUGCUCAUGGAUCGACACGGAAGAAUGCACAUGGUCAGCUAGCGGGGCUAACUGCUCGUAGAGAGGACCACAGUGUGCAGGAGCGGCAAAUGGUAGAAAAUCCAGCAUGGCAGACAGCCUAUGGUGAAGCAGCGUGGCAGAUUGCCCAUGGAUUAACCCGACCGGAUGCACUUAAUCAGCCAGCGAGGCAUGCAGCUCGUGGCGAGGACAGCGGUGUGCAGGAGCGGCGAGGGGUUGGCAAACCAGUGUGGCAUACAGCCCAUGGUGAAUUAGAGAAGCGUAUGACUUAUUUACAAACCCGGCCAAAGGCACGUGGCCAGCCAGCGGGGCAUGUUGCUCGAGGCGAGGACCAUAGAGUGCGAGAGUGGCGAGGGGUAGAUGAAUCAGCGUGGCAGAUUGCCCAUGGAUUAAACCAGCCGAAUACACUUGGUCAACCAGAAGAGCGUCAGGCUCGUGGAGAAGACCGCGAAGUGCAAAUUGUACGGCGAAGAGGAAACCAACCAGAGCGGCAGAUUGCCCAUGGUAGAGAAGGACGGCGAAUUACCCAUAUACCAACCCAUCCGACAGCAUUUGGUCAACCAGCGAUGUGUAAAAAUCGUGGAGAAGACCGCAUAGUGCAGAAUUUGAAGAGAGAGGUUGAAGAUCCAGAGCGGCACAUUGCCCAGGGUAAAUCAGAGUGGCGUAUUACCCAAUUACAUACCCAGCCGAAGGCACUAGGUUAACCAUUGGAGCGUAAGGCUCAUGGCGAGGACCGUAGAGUUCAGAAUUAUCGCAGAGAAGUAAUAAACUCGGAGCGACAGAGAGCUCAUGACGAAUCAGCGUGGCAGAUGGCCCAUGUAUCAACUCAUCCGACAGCGUUUGGUCAACCAGAGGAGUACCGGACUCGAGGAGCAGACCGAAGAGAGCAGACUUUACGGAGAGAGUUAGUAGGAGAAUCAGAGCGGUUGAUUGCCCAUGGUAGAUCAGCGCGGCGAAUCGAUCAUGUACAAGCCCGGCCGAUAGCACUUAAUCGACCAGCAGAGCGGAAGGCUCAAGGAGAGGUUCGAAGCGUGCAGCAGAAAUGGCGAAGGGCAGAGCAACCAUCAAGGCAAACAUCCUUUGGUGCCGACAAGAAACAGCAGUCAGGGAGUGGUGCGGGAGAGCAAAAGCGAGCCAGAGCGGUCAAGAUGAUCAUGAGCUCGAGUACCACCGACCGUUAAGUCCUGAAGGAAUGCUGGCCAGAGAAACCAAGAACAAACACGACCGCGAAGGACAGUGAGAUGAUAAUCGGCAAGAAGAGAGGAGUGUUGAAGUCAAAUGACAUGUUGAGAGAACAAGCAAAGACACUUUUUGUUCUAAUUUUGUUCUUGAACCUCUUGUCCUUAUCGAAGAUAUUUUCCACUAAGAAGCGAGUGCGUUUUGACCACAAGUGUAAGUUUAUUGUAGACAAGAAAGAAGUUGAGUGCAAUGAUCAAGCUUUGUUGAGCAAAUUAGAGAAUUUGGCUGAGAUCUGGCACAAACGGUUCCAUCUUCGUGAUACGGGCUACAUUAAGAGACUGGUAAACAACAGCAUGGUAGAUGGAUGUAAUUUUGAAAUUUCGCAGAUUGAGGGGAAGCUGGUGGUCAGUAAGUCUUGUGAGUUGAGAAAACAAGCCAGACACCUCUUCAUAAUCCAAGAGCCAGUGGGAGUGCUGCCCAGUUUAAUCUGUCAGCAAGCGCAGCAGGGUGAAUAUGACGGCUUGAGGCACUUAGCGGUUGUUUAUCUGAUGAGGUAUUCGAAUUUGAUUUUGGAGAAGUUUAAGGAGUUGGAAGCAUUGGUUUAUACUAAUUUUCUCGUCCAAAAUUCGAAGUUACGAUCAGGUAUUAUAGAAGAACUUGAUAGUUUGAAAGAGAACUCCAUUUGUUCGUUCAAAGUCAAGGACCGUGAAAGUGUGCUAAUGAUUCAAGCCAAAUUUUUAAAAAUGUACGCAGAGGCAAGUGUGAAAUUGCCGAUCGAUGAGAGCGGGGAGAGAAUGAUCGGAUUGAAACGAACAGUUCGCAGCUGGAAGGAACGAUCUAAUGAGGUUGUGAGGAAGAUGGACUUCGACAGACUUCAUGGCAACACCAGCGUUCAUGUUUCUGAGGAUCAAUCGCUCUGCAUCGCUCUAAAAAGCUACGGGCGAGGGGCACUGUGUAGGUUUGGAAUACAAUUGAAUCAUAAUUGGAUGAAGAUCGAUAUUCCCCCUAAGAAAAAGCAAUACCAAACUGUAUGCUAUUUCAGCAGAUUCCAAAAUUGUGCAACAGAAAGACAUUGGUCUGGGUUGCAGCAAGUUUUGAGAUACCUACGUGGUACAACUAAGUUGUUUGUUCUAAAUGAUGCUCUAGAUGACAAUUGUGUUUGCCAACAAGUUGGCAUGGUCAUCAAAGCGACAGAAACCUAGCAUUUCGUCGACAGAAGCGAAGUCAGCGUCUUCGUGCAAAGCUGCCAAGGAAGGAGGCUGGAUGAGCAGUCAACUUGAUUUUUACACUAUCUACAAGGACCAGCAUUGCAGAGAAGCUAGGAGAACAUCAACGAUCGAAACACAUCGACUUCAAAUAUGUGUUCCUGCUGGACAUGAUACAAGCGAAGAAGCUGAGGGUAGAAUAUGUGCUGACUGUAAAACAACCUGCAGACAUAUUUACGAAGCUGUUAGGAAGACAACAAUUCGAGAAGAUAGUAGAAUUUCUUUGAUUGAAAGUUUGAGGGGAAGUGUUGAAAGAUACAAACUUUUCAACAUUGGAACCACCCCAGCUUGUAAUAGAAUUCCAAGAACCACUCUAGGUUACUCACGAGCUUAGUAGUCACAGUAUACUGAAUUUAUAGUAAGCUAAUAGAGCUUUAUAGUAAACUACAAUUAAGUAGUAUUUGAAGAAGUGGUGUAAGUGACACAUACAUGUAAAUAGUAAUAUUAAGUAAAAUGUGAAUUAUGGUAUGUAACGAUAACGGAACAUGUAGAAGAAUGUUGAUAGGAUUAGGACUAAUUUAAUAAAAUUAUCUUCUGAAUGCACUUGAA